AUGAGUUACUGGCCAAGUCAACCUCAUACUUUCAGGAAUUGUAUUGAACAAUACUCUUCAGAGGUGAUGAAAUUCACGCAUUCUCUUGCCAUCUUGAUUGCAAAAACACUAGAUGUUGAUCCGGAAUUGGUGGCAGACAAACAUGCGUCUCAAUUUCUCAGGAUGAACUACUACCCUCCAUGCACGUCAACCCCAGAAAAGGUUCUAGGCUUGUCACCGCAUUCCGAUGGAUCUUUUCUCACUAUUCUGCUAGAAGUUAAUUCAGUUCAAGGCUUACAAAUUAGAAGGCAUGGUGCAUGGAUUCCCGUGAAACCACAUUGUGAUGCACUAUUGGUGAAUGUGGGCGACCUUCUUGAGAUUAUGACAAAUGGGAAGUACAAGAGCAUUGAGCACAGGGUCACCAUAAAUGCCCACAAGGAGCGACUAUCCAUAUCAGCAUUUCAAAUCCCAAAUUAUGAUGGAAUUAUUUCACCAAUUUUAGAAAAUGCAGAAGAGAAGAUAUUAUACAAGACAAUGAAAGUAGGAGAGUAUUUAAGACUUUAUUUCUCAAACAAACUAGAAGGAAAGAGAGCCCUGGAUUAUGCGAAGUUAUCCGAAAUUUAA